AUGUCGGGUGUCGAGCAGCCGCUGCUGUCUGUGGCCUCAGGCACGAGCUCUGCGUCGCGACAGACGCGUGGAAUCGAACGUACGCGUUUCUUGGACCGUCAGGGUCGCUUCAACCAGUCUCACGGUCGCUUUAAUAUCUAUCGUAAAGGUGGCCAUUGGCGUAGAAUCUACUGGGACGAUCCAUUCCAUACCGUCAUCAAUACGCGCACGUCAAGGAUCGUCGUUGGUGUCUUCGUAGCCUAUUUUAUCAUCAUCCUUCUCUUUGCACUGGCCUAUCUAAACGUCUCGGUGCGAUACCCGACGUGUCAUGUGGGACUUUCGAGCAUCAUGGACGCUUAUGUGUUCUCGCUUGAAACAAUUAUGACAAUUGGAUACGGUGCACCUACGAACGAUAUUUUCUAUGGUGGCUGCUCGUCCAUUGCUACAUUGCUGACCCUUGAGUCUUUUGCUGGCAUUAUUCUGGAUUCCGUCUGUAUCGGCAUUUUCUAUGCGCGAUUCGCACGUGCUAAUCAACGAGCGAAUACAAUCAUGUUUUCGAACUCAGCAGUGAUUCGCAAGAUCCGCGGACACUACUAUUUCAUGUUCCAGACGUGCGAGCGACGUAAGCACCAGCUUGUGGAGGCGCAUGUCCGUCUCUAUGCUGUGCGGCACGAAGCAGAAGAUGAAGAAGUGGAUGGCCAUAGCGACUUUCUUUUUCAGUGCCACCAGAUGCGAGUGCAGCAGCCUGACGAUGACUGUGGCGCGAUGUUACUCAUGGUACUUCCUCAAGUAGUUGUGCACCGAAUCGACCAGUGGAGCCCACUAUUUCCGCCAGAAUGUCUACCAGCGGAUGGUAGAGACCCGAAGACUUGCGCAACUUACCCGGAUCCUACUCAACGUCAAGUAGAUAUUGACAAUGGAAGCCGCGAAGGCGGUUUACCUGGUGCUGCCAAGGUGUGCAAAGCGCCUACGAAAUUGCAGAUCAUGAAUCAUUUGUGCAAGAGCAAGCUGGAGGUUGUCGCGAUUUUGGAAGGAAUUGACAGCUCCACGUCCAACACAAUGCAGGCGCGCUAUUCAUACGUUGAUGAAGACAUUGCGUGGGAUGCUACAUUCGAACGCUGUGUAGUCACGACUCCAAAAGGUCUGUGCGUCGACUUUGAUCGCUUUCAUCUGCUAAAACCUGCGCCGUUGGACGCAAAGCGAUGCGUCAUGUCGUCCCAGUUUUGA